AUUUUUAUCACUUUUGAGGAAGAAGUGGUCCUAUUUUCUGUGAUUUUCUCUCGCAUUCUCUCUUCUUUCUUUCCCCACAUUCUCCUUUACAAUCAACAGUAGUUAGUAAAAAGGUUUCAAGAUGUCGGGAGAGGAGGAAACUCCUCUACCCAGCGUCAGUGGCCCGGCUGACCCGAGUCAACUCUCGGCCUAUCUUCUCCGUGUUGUACCCGCCCUACUCGAGAGUGAUGAAGACGUUCCGGAGGUAGUAACCCUACAAACCAUCCUCAAAGACAACACCAGCAAGUUGAAACGUUUUAUAGAAGACAGCCAGGAGCACACCCUUUCAAUAAUAUGUACUUUACCAACUGAAGGACAAGAAACUGAUGGUACUCCGUCUCUCGCCUCACAAUCAGCCGCAACUUUCGAUGUUUAUUUGGGUGUGGUCUAUCGUCCUCAACGAAGCGUGGGUGUCAUAUUUACAAAGCGUUUUCCUGUCAUUGAGUCCGAUAAGUCCAUGAGAUCUCAGUUAAGGUUUCUAACUGUCUCCGAGGACUCGCCUUUUGAAACUUUACACGAUUACGUUCAAGAUGCCAUCAAUCCUCUUUUCAAUUCGUUCGUUUUGCAUUCAAAGGGAGAGGAAAGUGAAGGUGAUAAGUUGGUUACUGCAGUACAAAAGAACAUGAGUGAUUUGGCCGUGGGUCUCUUACACUUACAACAAAACAUUGCCAUACCUGACAUCACCCUCUCAAUGCAUCCAGUUAUAUCAGCAGCUGUUGCUAAAGCAGCUGAACAAGGACGCAAACCAGUCGCUGAAGAUGUUGGAGACAAUCUAUCAAGUACCACGUUUCUUAAUGCACUACAGAAACAAGUAGCAUCAUGGACUAGAGAGAUAAGAAAAGUCACUACUCUUCAACGUGACGUAUCGUCUGGUUCUGCGUUACAAGAGAUCAGUUUUUGGGUCAGUAUGGAUCACGCUUUGAAUCGACUCAGAUCAAAACGAGAGAGCCCUGAGGUAGUGCUAACACUCGACGUCCUCAAAGCCGGCAAGAGAUUCCAUACCACGAUAAGUUUCGAUUCUGAUACCGGUCUUAAGAAAAUGCUUGACAAAGUGAUGGACUAUAACUUAUUAAUGAAAGACUUUCCAAUUAAAGAUCUCCUUGCUGCCGAUUCCCUUUCUCUUGUUUCAACAGCCAUUGGUACCAUUUUCCAACAUUUAAAGAAGCUUCGCAAUACCACUUACCCAACUGACAGGGCCAUUGCUCUAGUCGAAGCGAUAUCACGGGAUCUUUUAUCGCAGAUGUUGAAAUUACUCAACACUCACAAGUUAAUGGUUGUAGCUUAUAGGGACUUUGAUCCCAUUAUCAAAGCUUGUCGUGAUGUUUUUACUGCUUGGGAAGAAGAGUACGAGAAGUUUACGACCUUGCUUCGAGACUUGAUGAAGAAGAAACGAGACGAGUCGAUGAAGUUUCACUUUCGAUUUAACCUAGCACACAAGAAACUGGAGACAAGACUUAACCAGAUGAGAGACUUUCGUUUUCAACAUGAGCAGCUCCAGUCUGUCAUUAGUCGUGUCCUCAAGUUAGCUCAGCAAGCAAGAGCUCUACAGCAACAAGGAACUGGACUUGCCACAACCACCGAUGUUAUUGAGGGAAUGGAUGAACAUUUGUUGGAUGAAGAGGAGCUCUUGGCUGUUAAGGAGGUUCGUUUAGCUUAUGACAAUGUGAAGGUAGUGGACCCACUGGAUCUAUCUAAUGAUGGCAUUGCUUCAUGGGACACUGCUAUUAAGAGAUAUGACGAGAGGAUCGAUAGGGUGGAGUCUCGUAUUGCCGCCAGACUCAGAGAUCAGUUAGGAUCAGCUCGUAACGCUAACGAGAUGUUUAGAAUCUUUUCUCGUUAUAACGCUCUUUUCGUCCGCCCGCACAUCAGGGGAGCAAUCAGAGAAUACCAGACCCAACUCAUUCAAAGAGUAAAGGAAGAUAUCGAAAACCUACACAAAAAGUUUAAGAUGCAAUACAAGAACACUCCUACUUAUGCCAUUUGUUGUGUGAGGGACAUUCCACCAAUAUCUUCAUCAAUCAUGUGGGCGAGACAGUUGGAGCAUCAGCUGGAUAUGUAUCUUGCUCGAGUGGAGGCCGUCCUUGGAACUGAUUGGGGGACUCACAUUGAAGGACAGAAACUGAGAGACGAUGGAGACUCAUUUAAAACCAAACUUAAUCCUAACCCUGUCUUUGAGGAAUGGAAGAAAAGAGUUGAGUCCAAGCAUCUAGUCCAAGGAAGGAUAUUUGAUAUAGUUACCCAGAGAGGCAGGGGAGGUACCUACCUCAGACUGGUUGUCAAUUUCAACGAAGACACCAUCUCUCUAUACAAGGAGGUUCGUAAUUUGCGCAGUAUGAAUUUCAGGAUCCCAUUCAGUAUAUCCAGUAUGUCCAGUCAAGCAAACCAGUUGUAUCCUCACGCCAUGUGCCUCAAAGAAACCAUCAGAACAUAUGAACUGACAUGUCAAAAGAUUACUGAGAAUGACACAAUAAGGCCGUUAGUAGCUGGUCUCAAGAUUGACGUACAGGACUUCAUUAAAGAGGGCGUCAACCUAUCCUGGGAUUCUUAUCGGCUUGAGAGUUUUGUACAAAAGUUUUCAGAAUGUGUCUUUGGCUUUCAAGAAAAGGUCGACGAGGCCCUCCACCACACAGAGAAGAUAUACACGCUGAUUGGUGGUCUGGGAUCCUGUGAGUACGAAGCUUCUCAGUUUAGUGAGAUCCUUGACGAGAUACAGAAACUGGUUGAUAAUCUUAACCUGCGUUCUUAUACUAACCUCACCAGUUGGGUCAACUCACUUGAUCUUAAAGUUGAGGAGGUCCUAAUGAAGCGUCUGUCAGCUGCCAUAGCCUCCUGGAAGGAUUGUCUUGUUGGUACUGAA